GAGUGACACACACACACAGACACGCACAGAGGCACACCGACAGGCAGACCCGCAGGCUGACUUUCAGCACAUUCACAGCUCCGCUGAACUCACGUUGGCGUUUCUUUGACAGAAGAAAAGAAGAGAUUCACGUUCACACACCUCCGUGGGAGAGCUCAGAUAAAGACGCGCCUUCAGUCUUGGAGUGGCGCUGUCACACACUGAUACACAAAUACGUAUUUAGACAAAUACACAGGCACAGUCAGGGAGCCACCACACGCACGCACACGCAUUCCCACAAACUGACACACUCACUUCUCUCAUACACACACACACACACACACACACACACACACAGGGGAGCAAACAGUCUCUCUCUCUCUCUUUCUUGCUCGCUCAGCUGCUCUCCCUCUCUCUCUCUCACUCCCUCCCAUCCACACACACACACCACUACAGUAUAUCAGUGAGUGACUAGCGGAGAGCCAGAGGGGAGUGCAGAAAUGAAUGUGAAGAUCCUGACGCUGGUGAUUGUGCUCUUGGUGUCUCUGCUGUGUUCUGCCAGUGCUGGUCCCAUGGCCUCCACGGUGCAUGGCAGAGAGCUGCAAGAUGCAUCUAUGGUGAGAAAAAUGGUCCAGCAAAACUCUGCAAGGGGCGGUCAGACCCACAGACCAACCAGCUCGAAGAGAAGACGCCCACGGCCCCGUCUUUCCCACAAGGGGCCCAUGCCGUUCUAGAGCAAGGCACUGCUUUGAGCGCCCUCCCCCAGGUUCUGAUUUCUAUGCUCUUCCUUUGCCUUGGGGGGCCUUGCAAUGAAGGGCCUACGCUUGCCCAGCCUGAAGAGUGAUGUCCAUAGCACCUGCUGGUUCUCCAAGCAACUCUGUCCACAAAAAAAAUCAGGACAAGCCGCUCACCCUCAGCUCUAGGAGGAACUGGGGGCAGGGAAGGGGGGUGGGGGGUAUUGAGCCCGAGCUAUCAGACUCUAUUUCUCUGUCUCUCUUUCCCUCUCUCUCUCUCUCCCUGACUACUUAUCUAUCUCUGUCUUCUCCCAAGUGUUUUUUUUUUCUUUUCAAUUUUCUUAUUAUUUGCUUAAUAGAGCCCAAUCAUAGCAAUCUCCCUGAGUGUCUCACACACUUUGCAUGACAUGUGGUGGAGAGGGAGCCUGGUCAAAACAAUCUGAAUCCUAAAGCAUCCAUCCCUUCUCCACGAUGCGGUAUUCCCACGUCUCGGAUCCAAGGUUCCUGCAGCCUCUGAUUUCAUUGCUGUGUAGCUAUUUAACGGCUUUACUGUCGGGUGAGGGCGCUGAUCAUGCAGACGGGGCAGUGUCAGUUUUUAUAGUUGGCAAAUAUUAAGUUCGCUUGUGAUACUCUUAACGUCUGAUGCGAAAAAGGAAUAAAAAGGUUUUGCGUUUGAAACGGACGAGCAAAAGCGUCACAACUUAAUAACAUCACUAUCAUCCCUUAAUUAUCAUUAUUAAUGGUGCUUUGUACCUCCUUAUGACAGUACGUCCACAUGCAAAGCAAAGACGGACUAAAAAGAGAGCACAUACUAUCAAAACAAUCUAGUAAAGUGACAGAAUAAGUCCUUCAUUUAGGAGAUUCUUUAAUCCAAAGCUAUUCUGGUGUUUCUGAACUCAUUAACACCUUGGGAGGCGGGGUUUACGGACGUGCUCUGUAACAUGUCCCACCUUUGACCCCAAAUCCCAAUCCUGUCCCCAAUCCCCAGCCUUCUCACCACACUGCUGCCCCCCGUGCAGCUGCUCUACACGACUGUUAACUGGCAGUGGCGGUCUGCUCCACCGACAGGCCGCCUUGCCUUUUAAUGAAGUGCCAAAUAAUAACCUUCUCCACAAUGCUGCCAGGAGCGAAGCAAUGAAAGGUUAGGGCGAAAACGAGAAACACAUUACCUCUUGUUUGAAGUCUUGAUACACUGACACAUUAUGCAUUUUAAAUUUCUGCAAAGAGAAAUCCAACACGAGGAGGACAAGUUAAAUUAGACCAAAAAGAGCUCAGUUAAUAUGCCACCAUGAUCAGCCUACCAGUAGUGCUCUGGCUGUUUUAACAUUCAGCAUAUGGCUGGUUUGACCCUUUGGCCAAUAUCUUUCACUGACAAAAAUGCUAUGCCUUUCCAUCAUACUGGAAUAUAUUACUGUUUAUGUUUAUUUCUGUGUUAUAGUUUGAUUUCUUUUUUUCUCAGGGUGCUGUGAUAGAGGCUUGUCCUAGAGCAGUCUAUUUUGUGCAUUUAUUUAACAAGACACAAACAUACAAUACAUUUAAAACGUAUAUAAGCAUAUUUUCGUAUAUUGUAUCUUUACUCUCCCUCGUAUGUAUACAUCAAUAUAGCCAUGAUUUAUUCCGAUUCAGUCAUUUUUAGUCACGAUCCUUUCCCUACAUUAUGUUGGGUACAGUUGCCUUCCUGGUCUGCCUUUCCACAGCACAGGUGGUCACGGCUUUGAUCAUUACACUCAUUAAAUCCUAGAGUUAAUCUUUCUCAGAUGGAUCUCCCCAAGGUUGGCCGGGGCCACUUAGUCUGAGCUCAUUGUUAAAUUGGCUUAGACAGAAACUGCACCCUUCCCCCUUUGCAAUCUCCGAACCCCCUGCUGAUUCAGUGUGUAACCAUGUAACAUAUUAGGACUGUGACCUGUAGAAAAAGACACCUUACAAUCCUUUGUUGUUGUGUAUUAGCUGUGCAGAGCAACUUGCUAAUUGCUUUUGUUUUCUUUAAUCCGCUCCAGUUCAAUCAGCAAACUCAUUUCUUUCAAAUCAGUUUUGACCACAUAAGCAACUGGCAACUGAUUAACCUAGAUUUCCAACACUUUUUCCCUCUCGCCAUGUCUCAUGCAAAUAUUAUAAUAAAAUGCAGAGACUUCUCAGUCCCAGCAUGAGAUGCUUUUAUUAAGAGAGCAUCUAAAAUCACAGUGGUAAUCCACCCAGCCAAGCUCACCUUGAUUAAAAAUGUAUUAAAUCCUAGGGCACUGUGAAGUGUAAUAAUUUCAGUUCCACCAUUAUUUUUUCAUACCCUCUCAGACAGAGAUGUAGAUUUCAUUAAUGCUCCUCGGGAGUGAGACAGCUUUGCUCAGGAUGUCUCAUGUAUUAUUGGGGAUGAUAGUAAGGAGAUAUGAGCUGAGGAUGAAAGUUCAAAGCCACAGGAGUUGGGAUGCUGGAAGUAGACUGGGUCAUGACACGGGGUUCAAAUCAAUAUUUCCCCAUCUCAGAAGUUAUUGUUACGGAGCCGAGCGACGUCUGUAUCCGCACUGUUUUUCAUGAAUGUAUCCUCACCAUUCGCACCAGCCACGCUGCCCUUUCAGAGACCAGAGCAAACCAAUGUUUAUGUUUAUGUACAGAACCCUUUUUAAAUCUCGGCCUGGUUAUCAGUUGAAUCCAAAAAAGACAAAAAUCAAAAGCCAAAUAUCCCACUGAUCCAAAGCCUCCGAUGUCAAUGAGUCCCAACAAAUAGACGUGGCUUUGCUCCAACACUUCUCUGCAUGGGUUUGCAAGGCUGCACUUUUGCAAUUCCAUUAUGCUGCUGGAAAAAUACACCCUGAAAACAAGAGUCUCUUGGUAUGGAAUGGUUUUCCAGUGUAUUGUGACAUUUUUAUUUUUUUUUUUGUCUGAUUCUUGUCUAGCUGGUUGUCCAAAGCUUACUUUUUUGAAUACAGUGUGAGAAGCUGUAUCUUUUGUGGAUGUAACAAAAUAGAAAAGUAGUCUGCAGCACAAUAUGUCGUGGACACGUAAAAGCUUUCAGGCAUUCUUUUCUUGUAGAUCAUAGCCCACAGCCCUCCCCUGCACAUCAGGUUAAUGGGCCUUGUGGUGUGGAAGGACAAGCACGUCUAGGCUCAAACUGAAAUGGUAAACCAAUACAUUAUGCUCGGGGAGCAAAACCAUUUUCCUUAAUGGUCUUUUCCAGCAAGGCUUACACAAGAGAAACGAUUCCUAUCCUCUCAAUGUUUCCUCUCCAGUUCCUCUUCUCUGUGACCAUCACAAGGCCUGAGUAAUGUUCCUAUGCACUUGUUAGCAUGUUUUCCUGGUAGAAAAAUGUUUGUUCUGAGAACUUGCCCCCUCUGUGUUUAGUUAUUUUCGUCCAAAUGCAUUUGGCUGGGAGUGUGUAAGGAGUGGGGAUGAGCAGAGAGAUAGAUAUGUGUUACUAGUGGAAAUGAGAAUAAGCUAGAAACAGGUUUUAAAAUAUGAGCUUAGCCAUUGAUCUCCAAUAGCUAUCGACACAAACCGCCCUGCCCCGACACACACACUCACGCACAAAAAGAUUGCAGGAAAAAAACACACGUUUUUUUAUUUUUUUAAACUUAAGAUUCCUCUACACUGAACCAAACAUUUCACUCAUUGUGGAAGUGGCAGACAGCACAUUCCAUGAUUUUACCUUAGCCCAUCAAACUGUAUCAUGUUGGCCUUCAGAGUGGGUGUCUGCAGGAUCGAGUGGCUGAUAUUCAAUCCAAUGCAUUCACAGUUUUUCCACUGGCUGGGCAAUCCAAAGGAUAACUAGAUUUUAUCUCCCGUGAGAAAUGACUACGAUCUGUCAUUAUCUUGGAGCCUCAAAAUGAGACUUCCUACACCCAAAAUAGCACAGGCCCCUCCUGCCUUGAUUGUGACACGUUCUCCAUCUAUGUAACCACUGUGUCAAAAAUCAGCUACAUUCAGAACAAUCUUAGGAGAAACGCAGUGUGUAGGCUUACACACCAUCGCAACAGUGUUACUAGGUCUCAAGCAGAUACCAUUUGAAAGACGAUGUAUUACUUCUGAAACUUAUAUCCUGUUUAUGGUGUGUGCUCAUAUUACUCACCAGGCCAAAUGUACAGUCCCUGUCUCUGUUUUGAUGUUGAACUGGGCAAAAAUAAAUGACAUAAAUAAAUAAAUAAAUAAAACAAGUGUAUCAGAAAUGGUUGAAAUACUGUGUACAUAUUUGAACUUUUGGUUUCUAAUUUAUAAAAGAUAAGCUUUAGCUCUUGGAGUACUUAUUUUAUUUUUCCUUUCAUGCGUAGCUUUGUGUUUUUAUUUUCUAUUUCUGUAAAGUGUGUAAAUAUAUCUUUAUGAUAAUAAGUAAUAUUAAAAAUCUUAUUUUAA